AUUUAAUUAUGUCAUCUAUACACUUUUACAUUUCUAGUUCAUUUUUUAGUUAAUCAAAAUAUUACCAAUCAAUAAUAAACAUCAUAUUGUUAGAUUUUCAAAUUGUAAAAGUUUUAUAAUAUUAAUAUUGAAAACAGAAACAGAAUGAUGUCUUUAUUACGCUCACAGAUGGUCUUAUUGACUUCUUCAAUAAGGUUCCGAGUGUCAUCCAGAGGUUGUCAGCAUCUCCCGUCCCACUCUUGGUCCUCAUAUUCUAAGGCAGAGACAUUCUUGAGUGGCACCAAUGCUAACUUCCUCGAGAAUCAGUACUUGGAUUGGGCAAAAAGUAAAGGAUCCGUCGAUUCUUCCUGGGAUUGUCUGUAUGGCAGUAUGGGUGGCCAGCAGCUGAUCGUUGAAGAUUUUGAAGACGAAUUCAGUCCUACCACGGUUUCGAUGCCUAAGAAAAAAGGUGUUUGCGAGGGAACGAAGCGAGGCGCCGCGCUCACCGAGGAGGAGUGCAGGAAGAAGAUAAAGUUACACCUCGCUGUACAGAACCUGAUCAGGAGCUAUCAGGCGCGCGGACAUUUGCUGGCCAAGACAGACCCGCUGGGGCUCACGAUGGCUGCUUACUGGGUGCUGAAGAAGCACAACAUGCCCUUCGACACGAAGGGGUUGAACUGCAAACUCGUCGCCAGAGAAAUCGGAACUACACUGGGUGAGGAGCACAUGGACAUGGAGUUCGAGCUGCCGGACAGAACCUCCAUCGGGGGAAGCGAGACCUGCCUGAGCUUGAGGGAGAUCAUCCGGCGGCUGGAGCGCGUGUACUGCGGGUCCAUCGGCGCCGAGUACAUGCAUAUGUACGACCAGGACAAGCUGCAGUUCAUGCGCCAGUGGCUGGAGGCGCCCGGCGCCCUGGACAAGAGCGUCGAAGAGAAGCGGCUCAUCAUGCGCCGCCUCACCAAAGCCGUUUUCUUAGAGAAGUAUUUUGCAACAAAAUGGCCGGCGGAGAAGCGGUUCGGCUUGGAGGGAGGCGAGAGCAUGAUUGUGAUGCUGGAAGAGAUCGUGGAUACCAGCACGAAGCUAGGCGUGGAGUCCAUCGUGAUGGCCAUGCAGCAUCGAGGCCGCCUGAACAUGUUGGUGAACGUGUGCCGGAAGCAGCUCACCGACAUCUUUGCCCAGUUCAAGCCGAUGGAACCCAAGGAGCCAGGCUCCGGAGACAUCAAGUACCACCUGGGAACUUAUAUUCAUAGAUUCAUUCGAAGAACUAAUCGCUAUAUAAAAGUAUCCAUGAGCUGCAACCCCUCGCAUCUGGAGGUCGUGUCUCCUGUCGUGGUUGGCAAGGCGCGGGCUGAGCAGCACUUCAAGGGCGACAGCAAUGGGGACAAGGUGAUGGCGAUCAUCAUGCACGGCGACGCGGCGUUCUGCGGGCAGGGCGUGGUGUACGAGACCAUGGCACUCACGGACCUGCCUGCCUUCACCACGCAUGGAGCCAUCCACAUCGUGUGCAACAACCAGAUCGGCUACACCACCGACCCGCGGUUCUCACGCAGCUCGCCCUACUGCUCGGACAUCGCCAAAUGCGUGAACGCGCCCGUGCUUCACGUGAACGGUGACGACGCGGAGGCGGUGGCGCACGUGGCUCGCGUGGCGAUCGAGUUCCGCUGCCGGUUCAAGACCGAUGUGGUGCUGGACCUGGUGUGCUACCGCCGCUUCGGCCACAGCGAGGAGGACGAGCCCAGCUUCACGCAGCCCUUCAUGUACAAGAAGAUCCGCUCUAUGACCACCGUUGACAAAAUGUACGGAGAGAAGCUGAAAGCUUCCGGGCUGGUGACCGAUGCGGACAUCAAAGGUUGGGAGAAGGAGUACAUGGACACGCUUAACCAGCACUUCGAGCUCGCCAAGAAGGUCACGAAGCUCAGCAUAAUGGACUGGAUCGAUACACCCUGGACUGGGUUCUUUGAGUCCAGAGAUUUGAAUAAGAUACAAGAGACUGGCAUCUGCGAGACUUCAAUAUCGACAAUAUCAAAACAUUUCUGCAAGCCGCCCGAAAUCUGGGCUUUUGAAGUUCACAAAGGUAUCCAUAGGAUACUGCAGAACCGGGAGAAAAUGGUCAAGGAAGGAAUAGCGGAUUGGGCAAUGGGGGAGGCACUCGCGUAUGGCUCACUAUUAAGAGACAAAAUUCACAUCAGAUUUACUGGAGAGGAUGUCGAACGCGGAACGAUGGCCCACAGGCAUCACGUAUACCACCACCAAAGCGUGGACGGCGCCACCCACCGCGUGUUGGACACCCUCUACCCUGACCAAGAGGUGUACGAUCUGCAUAACAGCUCCUUGUCCGAAUUCGGAAUUCUGGGAUUCGAAGUGGGCUACUCGUAUUCGAGUCCUCGACUACUGACCAUUUGGGAAGCUCAGUACGGGGACUUCGCGGAUACGGCGCAGCCCGUGUUCGACACGUUCAUCGUGAACGGAGAGAGCAAGUGGGUGUGCCAGUCUGGUAUCGUGGUGCAGCUCCCCCACGGCAUCGACGGAGCGGGGCCAGAGCAUUCGUCGGCAAGAGUCGAAAGAUACCUGCAGAUGUCUGACGAUGAUGAGGAUCUGAUUCCAGAUCUGGAUGAUAAAAAUUUUGCAUUAAAACAGCUGAAGGCGGCGAACUGGAUCGUCGCCAACGUGACGAAUCCCGCCAACUACUUCCAUUUGAUCCGGCGACAGAUAGCGAUGCCCUUUCGCAAGCCCCUUAUUCUGAUGACGCCUAAAGUCGGACUCAAACAUCCCUUCUAUCGAUCACCGUUUAAGGACUUCCUUCCGGGAACCUGUUUCCAAAGAAUAAUCGGGGAAUCCGGCCCGGCCAGCAAGAAUCCGGAUGGUGUUGCGAAGCUCAUCUUCUGUUCCGGGAAAGUGGCAAUAACUAUCGACGAACUUCGCAAAGAAAAGAAACUCGAAGAUAAGAUCGCGAUGUGCCGUAUCGAACAGCUGUAUCCCUUCCCCUACGACCUGGUGCUUAAGGAGUUCUGCAAGUUUCAGAAGGCGAAGAUCUGCUUCUGCCAGGAGGAGCACAAGAACCAAGGCCCGUGGAACUUUGUCAAGGCGCGCCUCGAGAACUUGCUUCGGAAGAAGAUCGAGUGUAUAUCGCGGCCGUCGAGCUCCGCCUCGGCGACGGGCAUCAAGUGGAUCCACGCCAAAGAGUUGGCCGAGCUCAAGGCCAAGAUUGUGCAGCUGUAGUCAAGCGCAACAAGCUGUGCCGUCCGCGUCCGUCCGAACUCGAAAUAAACGUAUCCCUUGUUACA